AUGUAUCAUGAGGAUGCUGCUUCUUCUUUCGAUCCCAAUUCUUUGGCUGAUGAUGGGUUUGCACAGACUGCCCUGACCACCGACUGCCCAGUCUUGCCAUUACCGCCGCCGCUCGUGCCUGCGAACACCACGGAAGAUCAAAAUAACAUCCAGCUCUCCAACUUCGCUACGGAAAGACAGAGGAGACAACGCCUGAAUGACACGUACAAGGCCUUGAGGAGUUUGAUUCCCAACCCCACCCAGGCUGACAGAGCAUCUGUGGUGGGAGAUGCUAUUAAAUACAUCAAGGAGCUUCUGAGAACAAUGACUCUGCUGAAAAUCCUAGUGGAGAAGAAGAGAUGUGGGAGAGAAAGCAGCAAGAGGCACAAGACGACUACGGCGACGGAUCAAGCUGAUACUAUUAUUAACGCUACUGCUGCGGCGGCGGGUGGUGAAAUGGAUAUAGAGAGCUGCAGCAUUAACAAGCCUCUGGGCUUCGGCGGGGCUGGCGCCGACGCAGACCAAUCCUCCUACGCCAAUAAUGGGUCCCUGAGAAGCUCCUGGCUUCAGCGGAAAUCCAAAGACACCGAAGUCGAUGUUCGAAUCGUGGAAAACGAAGUCAACAUCAAACUCGUUCAGCGCAAGAAAAUCAAUUGCUUGCUCUACGUGUCUAAAACCCUAGACGAACUACACUUGGAUCUUCAACACGUUACCGGCGGCCACACUGGCGAUCACUACACCUUCUUGCUCAAUACGAAGAUAUAUGAAGGUUCGUCUGUGUAUGCGAGUGCCAUUGCCAACAAACUCAUUGAGGGUGUGGACAGACAGUAUUCAGGCCCAGCCAGGCCAACUCAAGUGAUAAAGGCGAACUUGUGA